GGCGAAGAGAACAACGAAAGACCAAAGAACAUACAUUCUGCACAGGUUUCAAGAAUUGUACGAAUUGUUUACUUCGUUUCACUGAGAGAGUAAGCGCCUAAUUGUUUCUUCCGAAUGACUUCGCACAAAAUGGACUGGGGAGAACUUUAUGUGAUCUACGUGUGUGAGCAGUUUGCGGGUUUCGAUUGAAGCAAUAAAAAAAAUAUUAAUCUACACGCGCCCCUAUUUUCUACUAGAACAGAAGCAAUUCGAAGCAAAAAAGUUUUUCAGGAUGCAAACAUUCUUAGCCAUUUCCAAAAGUAUCCAUCCGGAUGUCACCCACCAUGACAAUUGCGCUUUCUGCUAUGCCAGUGACAAUCAGGGGACCUGCCAACGUGGAUGAAUGCAUCAUGUCUUCUUAUCUUGAAUACCAAUCGUUCUGGCCGUCGAUACCACCAUUAGCGUUGACGACAUCGUCGUCGACAUCAACAACAGUAUCAGGAACAUCGAUAUCGACGCGCCAAAGACCAAGUCACUCAGAUCUAGUUGCAAAGGCAUCCGAUAUAUCGGGAAGAAAGCUUUGCCUACCACCGGUGAAAUCGUCACGAAAACGUCCAUCACUGAUUGAUGACGAGCCAAGCCCUGCAGAAGAAAAUCACGUCAACAGUGGCUAUUGCAAUAGUCGCAAGCGAAUAAAACUGUGCAGUCGCACUUUUACUCUUGCUCUCAAUCCUGAUGCUGCAACGAGAAAUAUUCCUUCCACCACUUUGAUCAUGCUGCCAUCCUUCGAAAGCAAAGGUAACGACAAGUUAACGAUCUCUGACGACGAGGAUGCUGAUGGCGAUGACUGUUGUCACGACUCAAAACCACCACCCGUUGGCUUUUCGAAAAAAGAAACAAUCACGCCUCUAUCAUCGCCGCCGUCUUCUCGGUUCUUCGAGGAAGAAGAAUAUGUCGACGGCCUCCAUCAACGAGACAACUUCUUUCCCCAGCCACCAACGUUCAGACGCCGAUUGACAAUUCGGAAUUCCUCCGAUUUGGACGAAUCCAUAGAAGAGUUCACACAUAGACGCCUCUUUUCAGAAUGAAAUUUCCUGAAGGAAAUGUAUCCCUUUGGUUCUGAAACUGUAAAAGAUCCUCCCAUUGUGUGUAUUAAUUUUGUAUCACUAAAAUUACCACAUUGUUCAUAACAAUAUAAUCAUCAUGUCUGCUAUUAUUCAUCAAGACUUUAGUAAACUUACCCACAUCCA